AUAGUCAAAGCCAACAACCGGGAUCUCACCUACAUUCUCCUGGUCUCUCUCCUGUUUUCCUUUUUGACCUCCCUUCUAUUUAUUGGUCAGCCCCAGAAAGUGACCUGUCUUCUUCAACAAAUCACCUUCAGUGUGGUUUUCUCAGUUGCCGUCUCUUCUUUGCUGGCCAAGACAAUCAUGGUGGUGGUGGCAUUUUUGGCCACAAAACCAGGCAGCAGGAUGAAAAAAUGGUUGGGGAAAAGUCUGGCCAACUCCAUUGUCUUGUCCUGCUCAGGGGCUCAGGUGGGCAUCUGCCUUUUAUGGCUGGGAAUCUCACCCCCAUUUCCACAUUCUGACCUGCAUUCUCAACCAGGACAGAUCAUCCUGCAAUGUAAUGAAGGCUCAGUUACCAUGUUCUACAUUGCCCUUGGCUACAUGGGCUUUCUGGCUGCCACCUGCUUCUUGGUGGCUUUUCUGGCCCGCAAGCUUCCAGGGACUUUUAAUGAAGCCAAGUGGAUCACCUUCAGCAUGCUGGUUUUCUGCAGUGUUUGGAUCUCCUUU